AUGACAGACCAAGGACGAGCAACAUUCGAAGCGGCCAAGGCCAUGUUUGGCCAUAUGGCGAUCGGACUGAACGACUUGGAGUGGAGACAGCUUCCAUCGGCGGUGACCGAGCACCUAAAGAUGAAUCCCGGCACGACUACGCUCCAGCUCUCGUGUCUCCUCGUAAUUGUUAUCCCGGGCGUGAUGGCGACACCAGCGCUCCUCGGUUUAGGAUUCGGAAGUGGUGGGCCAAUGGCAGGUUGGCUUGCUGCAGCUUUUCAAUCGAUGUACGGCACCCCACUCGCAUUUUCUACCCUCCAGAGCGCUGCAAUGGGUGGAUGGGGUGUAGCGAUUGUCAAUAGUAUCAUCCAAGCGAGCGCGACAGUCGUUGGAAUUGUCACGGAGGUUCUCAGGUGGAAGAGUAAGAAUUGA